GGAAUGCUGGCACAAGGACCCGCUCAAGCGGCCCACGUUCGAGACGCUGCAGUGGAAGCUGGAGGACUUCUUCACCAUGGACAACUCCGAGUACAAGGAGGCCUCCGCCUACUGAGCCCGGCCCUCCCUGCCGCCCCACCGCCACGCACACUCGCAUCACACUCCAGGCCUGUACCACAUGCCGCCGGAGCUGCAAAUGCUCCACAGCAGCGCAUCCAUGCAGCAUCUGCAGAUGCACCAGCUGGCGCACCAGCCUGGCCUGCCGCACCACCCGGGCCUGGCGCACGCCGCGAGCAUGAGCCAUACGGCUAGCCUGGGCCAUGCGGCUGGUAUAGGCCACGCGGCCGGUAUCCACGCAGCUGGUAUAGGCCACGCGGCCGGUAGCCAUGUGGCCGGUAUAGGCCACGCGGCAAGCAUAGGCCACGCAGCGAGGCCGGCGCCCAAGCGGCCGCUGUGCCACCACCACGCGCCGCGCCACGGCACGCUGGCACACACCUACCGUGCGCCCUAGCGCCCCCGGGUAUAUGACGCACGCCACUCGACACACGACCUGACACGCUUAACACCUUCUGACGACACCACACAUCUGUAUUUGAUGACGUCACGUCACUGUCGACGUGUAAUGUCAGCUUGUUACUAAUAAUAUUUAUUUUCAAAUUAACUGUGUUUACAUCCCUUUUGGAAACUUUUAUGAACACGAUUGUUGAAUGGGAAAUAUAGUUUGCUUCAAAACUAAAUCGAUGUACAUAGUCGCACAUGUGUAUGCGAGAUCGAUAUUUGUAAUAACAUCUCAGCUUGUUUGAAGCAAACUAUACCUAAAAUAAGGUUUUGAUAAUGGAUUUAUUUCGUAUUUAAGUUAUUUUCUUGAAAAAAGUGUCAUGUACCCAAGUCUCUAGUCUCAACGCUUACAACCGCUUACACAGCCCGGGAGCCGCCGGCGGACCGGCGACCGCGACUUAACGCUCAAGGGAGGGAUAUUCAAGUUACGAUUUACCCUAGGAUCUGAAUUCUUUCAUUUUUACUAUAGUGAAUCAAGUUGGUGUACUUCGUAUAGUAAUAACUGACGCCCUACUGCGAAGUGAAAUUCGAAACGUUCGAAUAUUCUCUGAAUCUGCAACCGUCGCUUCGCGGCAGGGCAACUUUUUGGAAUAGUACUCAGAUGGAAGUCGCAAACGGAAAUUUACAUUCCCGUCGUAGUAAAAAUAAUUAUGCUUUCUGUGUGUAUAUGAGUAUCGGGACAUGGUCGUGACACAAAGAGUUUGCGGCUUCCCACGGCUACGUAGACGUAAUAUUUUCACCGAUAAUAAGUUUAGUUACUGUUAAGACAGUCUACGAUUUCUCUAAAUGUAUUUAGCGUACCAUAGGUUAACUUACAGUUCGAGUGUUGAAUAAGCCUCUUUACUAGAUGUUCGUCGGUAUAAUAUAAACGGUUCGCUUUCGAUGUUGCACCGCUUCGGUAUCAUGAAUCGGCAUUAUUUACGUACAGUAUAGUUCAGUUGAAUACGCCUGGAUGUCGUUGGUUGCGCGCCGGCCGCGUGUCAAGUGUCGGGCGCCGCGUGUGCGUGAAGGAGGAACUCUAGGAUCGGCAGGGAAUCGUGCUCAGACACGAUCAUGAAUGAUUACGUUUCGAAGAGGUAUUAAUCGAUUAGGUAUCUCACUUUCGUAUACCAUGUUUAAAGUAGAAUAUCUUGGUGAUAGAUGCCAAAUAAACCUAAUAAAGAACUGAAUUUUAUAUACAUAUUAACUGUUCUGAGGGUAUUUAGACGUUAGGCUUUUAUUUAUGUAAUUUAAAACGCGGUGAGCUUUUUUUAUCACCGUACGGAUCUAAAAGCGCAUCCGCAUUAUUUAUUUAGUGUUUAAAGUGUAUCUCGUGUAUUGGGCUCCCGUUCAAACCGUCUCGUGCUCAACUUCAUAAGUUCCGUAUGUCCUGUAUGAACCAAACUGAUAUUUCAUUUGUGCCAAGACUUUUAGUUUAAGCGAAAGUUUAGUGUUGCCACAUAUUAUAAAUCAGUUAUGGUUUACCCGAUAAUUGUAUGUAUUCCUUACGAGUAAGUAAGACGCGAUUGGCCUAAGUAAAUUAGUAUUUUUCAAUGUGUAGGUUUUGUAUCCUAACGUUUUAGAGUUAAUAAGUGUAUGUAUUUGUACUGGAUUUUUCGAUGCACCGUUGAGGUCGUAAAAACAUUAUCAUUUGUUAAAAUUGCACCUUAUUCGGAAGGCGGCAAAGUGCAAUAUUUAUGUUCAAACAAACCCGGUGCUUACUAUAUUAACUACUAUAUGUGACGAGAGUUGUAUGGACUCGCGCGUUACUUUUAUCACAUCCUCAGAACAUUUAACAAAAUAACUAUUUAAAUCGAAUGAAAGUAUGAUGAUUAUUAUAUUACCAAUUAUUUUAUAACAGCGAGAACUGUUUAACUUGUAAAUUGGUCUUCUCACAUUCACAUGUAAAUAGUGCAGAAUCUAGAAUUGGUUAUGAGUGAUAUUAGGGUGUUGAUAUAUGUUCAAACAGUAUAGCAGUUUCGUAGUCCGCUCUUGACUCGAUCAUUCCAUUCGGAACGCAAUAUGUUGAAAGUUGUGACAUACACUGGACGCGUAUGUAAUGUAUCUAAAUUUCGAUAUCAAACAAAAUGCAACUAUGUCGCACAAAAGUAUUCAUUUAAAUCUAAUCAUAAGGUGCCUAAGUAUUUGCAUUUUUACGUCACAAAGUAUUACAAUGGUCUCUCAACGAGUAGAGUUCAUGUCAUUUAAGUGCUGGAAUUUUUUCGGUGAUUUGCGGAGAACGUAAUCGAAUGUUUUUGAUAUUGUUGGCUUCCUUGGUACGUUUCAUUUCGAUCUCUCUCUAAGCCACCGCAUCGAUAUGGACUACUACUCGUCAACAGACCACAUAAUCAAUGCACUGUGGAUAGAGCACGAUAUGUUAUGUAUAGGUAUGAAAGUUAUUAAAUUAUCCUGGAUUUAUAAAUUACUCGGUAUAAUAUUCGGACUUGAAAGAAUCGACUAAUGUAUCAAAGAUGGAUUGGGAAUGAUAGUUGUUUCACGACAUAAGACAUAUUCCAACUGGUUUAUUUACUCCUGUGUAUUGUAUAAUUUAUUUUUAAUUUAAUUAAGUUGUAGCUGUAUAAAUACGCUUUAGGCUUACGCUUUAUCGGAAUGGCUAAGUUCGCUACGUCUAUCUUACACGGCAAUAUUACAAUUAUAUUUGAUUUUAUUAGUUAGCCAAUUUUAAAUAUUUUUCGUAAUAUAAUAUCGCCAUCACAAUAAUAAAAUAAAAUGAAAAUCGAUAAGACGCUUAGUGUAAGAUGUGAAAAUGUGUGUUAGAUAUUUUUAACUAGAUUUAUUUAGUAAUUGUUGCUGUGUUACUCGACAUCCACACACGGUAUGCAGUUCUGUACAGCUGUACAAAGUUCGCGUCGCGAUUGUAGGUGAAGUCAAAAAUUCAACUUCGACUGAUGUUAGUUGAUACUGUUUGACAUGAAUGAUAAGGUCUUAUUACCUCCGAGUAUCAAUUAAAUCUAUGUUAAGUUCUCUUGCUCCGGUAUCACACUGUCAUAAAGUACUAUCGGUACCUAUCGCUCCACAACCCUCAUUCGUUCGCAACCAUUCAUUUGAUCUCCCAUUCAUCAUCGGAUAUUACAAAUCUGUGUAUGACAGUGUAAUACCGGUAUGGUUAUUAUUAUGACUAUUAUAUUUCACUUAUUUGUAUAGAUUUUUUUAACACAACAAUAAAUAUAAAUGUGAGAUA